AUGGGCUCGAAGUACCCGCGCUCUGUCCGGGGCUGCCUGCCCCCCUGGGCCUUAACGCUGCAGGGCGCCCUCAUCCUCAUCUUCUUCUUUUUCACUUCCUAUGACACUUCCUCAAAGGAUCAGACGAAGCUCCUGGGGACCUACCAAGUGGUCCAGGACCUCUCGGUCAUGGCGGCCCUCGGCUUGGGAUUCCUCACCUCAUCUCUGCGAAGACACGGCUGGAGCAGUGUGGCCUUCAACCUCUUCCUGCUGGCUGUGGGCGUGCAGUGGGCAGUCCUGCUUGAUGGUUUCCUGAACCAACCCUUCCAUGGGAAGGUGUCCAUCAAACUGUCCAGCCUGCCGCUGGCCGCCAUGAGCGCCACGUCCGUGCUGAUCUCUGCGGGCGCCGUCCUGGGCAAGGCCAGCCUCGUGCAGCUGCUGGUGAUGGCGCUGGUGGAGGUGACGGCCUUCGGCACGUUGAGGAUGCUCCACAGGAAGGUCCUGAACAUGGACAACCACGAGAGCAUGAUGCACAUCCACGUGUUUGCGGCCUAUUUUGGGCUGACUGUGGCCUGGUUCCUGUCAAAGCCUCUGCCCGAGGGAGCUGAGGAGAAAGAUAAGACGGCCACGAGCCCCAGUUUGUUUGGCAUGCUGGGCACCCUCUUCUUGUGGAUCUUCUGGCCGAGUUUCAACUCCGCUCUGCUGGACAUUCCUAAAGAGAGGAAGCUCGCCGUGCUCAACACCUACUACGCCCUCGCGGUCAGCGCGGUGACAGCCACUUCCGCGUCGGCCUGGAUGCACCCUCGGGGGAAAAUCAACCUGACUCACAUCCACAAUGCGGUGCUGGCAGGAGGUGUGGCUGUGGGUGCGUCUUGUCACCUGAUCCCUUACCCUUCCCUCGCCAUGGGGCUGGGCCUUGUGGCUGGGCUGAUCUCCACCUCAGGAGCCGUGUGCUUGCCGGUGUGUCUUCACCGCGUGCUGAGGAUUCACGACACCAGUGGCAUCCACUACACCUUCGGCUUGCCGGGCCUCCUGGGAGGCGUGGCCUACAUUGUGCUGAUGGUGCUUCAGGUCACAGGACGGGGGCCUGGAGUGGUCGGCUUCCAGGUGCUCAUCAACGCUGGGGCGCUCAGCCUGGCCGUGGCGAUGGGCCUGGCGUCCGGUCUCCUGGCAGGUUUGGUCCUAAAUCUCAAAAUAUGGAGAGCACCUCAUGUGGCAAAAUUUUUUGAUGACCAAGCCUUCUGGGAGUUUCCUCAUCUGGCCGCUGGAUUUUAAGCAGGCAGGUCCACGGGAGAGCGAGCUGCGUGGAAGCCACGUUGCCCAGCUUCGUGUGCCACACUCAUCACAGCCACGUCCCCUCCCGUGCAAGGAAACGGGGUCAGGUGUCAACUGCAUAUUA